CCCAAUAUUAGUUUUGUUUUCUUUGUCAAUUGGGUAGUAAUUAAUCUAUCACAAAAAAUAAAUAAUAAAGCUAAAGCAUGUGUCAAUUUAGGCACAACUUGUUUAUAAAUCAGGGACAGUAAUCGGUUGCUCCUGUCCAACGGCUUAACAAAAAGGAGAUGAUGUCUCCCUCUCCCAUGCAUGCUUUUAAAUUAUUAUACCAAUGCCCAAAACGUGCCUUAUGGUCUACGGCCAUUACUAUUCACCAAGUCGAGGUUUGGAAUUCUCCAAACAUGAUGAUACUAUAAUACCACACCCUCCCGCUAUCCCUCACGUGUCCUUCAAAACCACACCAAGAAUCUUAUUGAUCUACAAAGUCCUUCCUCCUUCCUUCCCACCUACAAAUGUGAUAUUCUAAAUAUUAAGAGCAUUUCAACUACAAACCUUUCCAAUGGAGUCGGUUGCCUCCAAUUCACCAUCACCAGACAACCACCGGCCUCCCUUGCGAUUCAGACCUAUCCAACCUAUAGCAGAUCGGAUAGUGAGAGCCCUUCGACACCACCUCCGCCUCCUCCACCGCUCAGACCAAUCCAAGUUUUAUGUCUUGGGUGCCACCGGAAAUGUGUAUAUUGUGAUGUUGUCUACUACCCCUUCAUGCACGUGCCCUGACCGCACAUCUCCAUGCAAACACAUCUUGUUCGUCUUCAUUCGAGUAUUGGGUGUUUCUCUAGACGAUGCUUGUCUUCGUAGGAAGACUCUUCGGCCAUUCCAACUCAAUCGUCUACUUGGUGCGCCUAUAUUACCCGAAGCACUUGCAGGAGCUAGGGUUCGCGAGAGAUUCCAUCAACUAUUCUUUCAAUCUAGGCAGGGCUCUUCGCAACCGAUUGUUGAGAUAGAAGAUGGUACUACUUGCCCAAUUUGCCUGGACGAGAUGGGAAAAUGUGAGAACGUGGUGACAUGUGGUACUUGUCAGAAUCCGAUACAUGAAGAAUGCUUAUUGAGAUGGAAGAGGAGUAGGGGAAGAAGGUCUGCUACUUGCGUGAUAUGUCGGGCAAGGUGGAGAGAUAGGGCAGAUCAGGAAAAGUACUUGAACUUGGCUGCUUAUGCAAGCCAGGACGAUCCACCAACUGCUGAGGGCAGUGGAGGCUGUGGUGGUUAAUUAAGUUUAAUUGUUUGAUUCACCUGAAACAGAGGCAAAUUAAUUAGUUAAUUGAAUGUCUAUUGCAUUGUUAAUCAGCAUAUUGUAUAAUCCUAGGAACAGGAUGUAAUUUUUAAAAUAUAAUUUGCAUUAAUGAUAUUAUUUUAAAAUAUAACUUGGUAGACUAAAAAAAUUUACAACCAACACAGCCAACAUUGUUCGGAAUACCAUGUGAAUUCUAAUCCGUUGGUCGUUAUCUUCCACGAGAUAUGCCAAGGGGAUGCCGAUUCUCGAAAUCAAUGCUCUAACCUCUGUAGCUCUAGACCUAGACAUAUCUCGUUAUGUGGAAGAAGCCGGAAUUAACAAAAGUACGAUCCCACUUCAUAUUAUAAUCUUUUGGA